CUAUUUGAAGGAGGCGCGCGGACGGUAUACGCACUUCAGUACGCGGACAGAAGCUGGAGGUUCGGUGCCUAACGCUGUUCCGCUGACCCCAUAGGACUCAGACGUGGGCUCGGCCCCAGCCACGGCCGGACGAGGGGAUGGCCAAGGUAUCGGUGCUGAACGUGGCUGUGCUGGAGAAUCCGAGCCCUUUCCACAGCCCCUUCCGGUUCGAGAUCAGCUUCGAGUGCAAUGAGGCUCUGGCGGACGACCUGGAGUGGAAGAUCAUUUAUGUUGGCUCAGCUGAGAGUGAGGAGUUUGAUCAAAUCCUAGACUCGGUGCUGGUCGGCCCUGUCCCAGCAGGGAGACACAUGUUCGUCUUUCAGGCCGAUGCUCCCAACCCAUCCCUCAUCCCUGAGAGCGACGCCAUAGGUGUGACCGUGGUCCUCAUCACCUGCACCUACCAUGGGCAGGAGUUCAUCCGCGUGGGCUAUUACGUCAACAAUGAGUACCCUGACCCAGAGUUGCGGGAGAACCCGCCCCCAAAGCCAGACUUCUCUCAGCUCCAACGGAACAUCUUGGCCUCGAAUCCCCGAGUGACCCGUUUCCACAUUAACUGGGACAACAACACGGACAGGCUGGAAGCCAUAGAGAACCAGGAUCCCACCCUAAGCUGCAGUCUCCCCAUCAACUAUACCCCUGUCAAGGGCUUGGGGCUCCCUGGCUGCAUCCCUGGCCUCCUCCCUGAGAACUCCAUGGACUGCAUCUAACUGGGGAACUCCAGACCCUACCUGGGCCCAGCUAGGACUAUGGCCAGUCUCCCAACAUAUCUGGAGGGGCAGUUGGGCCUCCUGGAGAGUCCUAUGGGGGCCAUCUGGAAGACUUUGGGGCCAUCAACUACAUUCAGGCCUGUCAAACUUGUCCCUGAGGAAAGAUCGGGCCUCAGGUCUCCCAGCCUCAGCCCAGAAGAAUUAUCUCACCUUUACUGUCCAGGCCUAUAAAAAGCAGGUACUUCAGUUCUUAAUUCUAACUUGUGUCCUUUCUCUCCUCCACAUAUAGGCCAUUGUGCUCCCAUGCUCCCAUUUAAGUACCAUUGACCCACAGUUCUUCCCACAGACCUCCCUGUCCGGCCUUGAGGCUUUCUUGGUCAGUGGUUCCAGCCCUAUUGGGCCAAAGGCUCUGUCAUUCCUUUCCCUUCCCAAACAUCUGAGUAGAUCCACCCAGCUUUCUGGAGUCACAAGGAAUCUGGGAUAGAAGGUGGACUCGGUCACAAUUUCUGUCCUUUUCCCAGAAUGUUUUUUAGGUCUUUUCAACCCAGCAACCCCUGGAAAACCCUGUUCCCAAAAGUAUGAUCAGCAGGAUGCUGAGGAAUGAUGGUUGACUCUCCUCUCAGUCACAACCACCUUCUUGUUACCUCCUAACGAUCUGGAUUUCCCUGGAGGCUGCCACUGUGCGGAGAUCACAUAUUGGAGCAGCCUGCCGUGCUCUGUCCAUCUAUGUCGGCAUCAGGGCCCCUCUGCUAAGACUUUAUGCUCUCACAGGCUACAGAGUGAUUGUAGGCAUGGGAAACAGUAGGGACCCUGAAAACCUCCCUCCCCCUGCCAUACUGUGUCAUGUUCCCCAUCCCUUCGCUGCUAAGUGGAUGCUGUUGGUGAUUACAGUUUGUAUAUUAAAGAGUUUUUAUAUUAAAUAUGUUUGGCUGAUCUAAAAAUGCA